AGGAAGGAAGAGUGAGCAUUGCUUCCCCUCAGAUUCAGCAAUUCACUUUCAGAAAUGAGUAGCUGUAUAAAAUUAGUUGUGUCUUUUUGGAUUUAAUCACCCUACAGGUCACUAAUUUACUUCACUCAACAAAGCCAGUCAGCUCUCUAUUAACUAGGCAGCUGAGUUGCCCUGACUGAUAUUCCCCUGGUGCCAUUCUUCUGCGGUCACACUGUCCAACAUAACCAGCAUCAGAUUGUGUGGGACAUUCCCUGGACAUUGACCAAAUCUUGUGCUGCUGCCAUCUUGACACUCUAGAGGGACUUUGAUCAACAGGUCUCCUCUCCAUAGGAACUGUGAGGGGCCGCCAUUAAAAGGAACAUGUGCUAGAAGUUGAACAUCUUUCCUUAAACGUCUGGUUGGCUUUGACUGUAGAAGAUGAGCAAUGAGGAUGAGUUCUUCGAUGCCGUCACAGGCCUCGAUUCAGACGAGUCGUAUGAAGGGGUGUCAGAGGCCAGUUUCAAAGAUGCACUGGUGUUUGACAGCAGCAGUCAAAAGAACAAUGGAUCAGUGCCUCAGGAGAAUGGCAUCAAGAAACACAGGACAUCAUUACCUGCAGCCAUGUUUUCCAGAAAUGCUGUCAGUGUGUGGAGUAUCCUGAAAAAAUGCAUCGGACUGGAGCUGUCCAAGAUCACGAUGCCUAUUGUCUUCAACGAGCCUCUAAGCUUCCUUCAGAGAAUCACAGAAUACAUGGAACACACUUACCUCAUCAACAGAGCCUGCUCGCUGUCUGACUCCAUCGAGCGCAUGCAGGCAGUAGCUGCUUUUGCUGUGUCAGCAGUUGCAUCUCAAUGGGAUAGAACUGGAAAACCCUUCAACCCUCUGCUGGGGGAGACCUAUGAACUCACCAGAGAGGAGCAGGGUUUCCGGCUGGUAUCAGAGCAGGUAUCCCAUCAUCCCCCAGUCAGUGCCUUCCAUGCAGAGAGCCUGGCCGGGGACUUCAUCUUCCACGGCUCCAUCUACCCCAAACUCAAGUUCUGGGGCAAGAGUGUUGAGGCUGAACCUAAAGGGACCAUCACAUUAGAACUACUCAAGCACAACGAGGCAUACACUUGGACUAACCCUUACUGCUGUGUACACAACAUCAUCCUAGGCAAACUGUGGAUAGAACAGUAUGGCACAGUGGAAAUAGUGAACCACAGGAUGUCAUUAAUGAGAGCUUUGAAGACAGUGGGGACAGCAGGGGCAUUCGUGAGACAAAUGGCAUCACCUGAUACUCAAAAUGGCCCAGGGGAGUGUUGA